AUGGAAUUAUCUGUGCAGGGUGACCAAAGGCAGCUCCUUCCCACUAUCUGCUGAUGUUUUUCUGUGAGCUGUUUCCUUGAUAGGUUUCAUCACUGGCAGUUUAUCAUCUGAUUCCGCUCUUCAGAACAGAACAAUUAGACAGAUUCACAAGUUUACCUGAACUGAAAUGGGAAUUAACCUGCACUCUUAGUGUUCUUCAGAACAGUAUGCUAGCAUUCUAAUCAACUGAGCUAACUGGGACCAUACCCCACACAGUAAACAGCUAAAAUGAAAACAAUGUUCCUUUAUCUUCUUGCAUUUCAAAUUGGCUUAAUGUCCUUUUUGUCAGCUGGACUUCCAUUGUCUACAGUGCAGUCAUCUAAAAGAGGAACUGAGGAAACACGGAAAACGUAUCAUCUUAAAAUAACUCGAAGCCUGGUCAAUGGGACAAUGGGUUUACAUAAAGGCCCACGGUGUGGUGUGGCUGUUACCAAGGGCGUCAAAGUUAUUCCACAUCAAUACAUAUUUGAAAAACACAACAUCACCUACAGUGUAAAGGAAUAUACAACUGACUUACCACGGAGAGUUGUGGAUGAAGUUCUGAAGCGGGCUUUCAAACUUUGGAGUGACGUUACUACAUUGUCAUUUACAAAAACAACAGCUGCAGCAGACAUUGAAAUUAGCUUUGGUGCUGGAGAUCACGGUGAUGCUUUUCCAUUUCAUGGACAUGGUCAUGUUCUGGCUCAUGCCUUUCCUCCUGGACCAGGCAUUGGAGGAGAUGCUCAUUUUGAUGAGGCUGAAACUUGGGUAACAGGAAGUAAUGGAAUCAACUUGUUCAUUGUUGCUGCCCAUGAAAUUGGACACUCUCUGGGGCUCAAUCAUUCUGAGGAUAAAAAUGCUUUGAUGUAUCACAAGUAUAAUUAUGUGGACACAGGCGGGUAUACGCUUCCAAGUGAUGAUGUGAAAAGAAUCCAGUCAUUAUACGGACCACCAGUUAUGACCACACAAAUGCUUGGCCAGAUGCCAACUCAGAAACAAACACCAGGCCAGAGCCCAACUCAAAUACCAGGCCAGACUUCAACAAAAGAAGCAUUGAUGAGUGACCCAGAUGUGUUCAUGGAUGCUGCUGUUAAAAUAAACAGAACUGUUUUAUUCUUCAAGAAUGGGUUCUACAAGACUGCAGGGUCUUCAAAGAUAACCCCAGUGAACAACACUUGGCCAAGUAUCACAUCAAAUAUUGAUGCUGCUGUUGAGUACAGCAGGAGUCCCCAAAGGAGAAACGAUGUUGUUUUUUUCACAGGACAUCAAUACUGGCAUUACACUGGGGAUGUUCUAAAACCAGGGUUCCCAAAGAACAUCUCUGAACUUGGCUUUCCAGAUACUGUUAAGCAAAUAGAUGCUGCAAUGAGAGUUAAAUUGCAUUGGAUAAUGUUCUUUGUGGGAGAUCAGUACUGGAGUUAUAAUUUAGAUGAAAACCAAAUGAGCAGCAGAAGCCCAAGAUUAAUAACAGACACGUUUUCAAACCUUUCAAAAGUGGAUGCAGCUGUUGAGCAUUUUGGGACUUAUUAUCUCACAAGUGGACCUCUUAUAUAUGGAUAUCGGGGGAUGGAAGUCAGAAAAAUUUUAAAACGACACGGGUGAAUGAAUUGUAACUAAAUGACCAUGUUUUGCUAUCGGACUGUUGUUCUGCAACUCACACAGAAUAUUGCUUAUAGCGGAGGGAUUUGUUACCCUAAGUGUAUAAUUAAAUCUUUAGUUCAACAAAGCUUAAUCAUUAAUGUUUUUGUAAUAUAGCUCCUGUAGUUUAGUUUGAAAUUUUCAAUCAGUUAGUGUAAUUGCUCAACUUAUUUCAUUAUCUUUGAUAACAUUACUGUUAAAUUUAAAAACAUAAGCAUACUUUUUAGCCAAUUUCAAACUAUGAAUAUACUUUAUUGUUAGUAAAUGCAUUGCUUAUCAUUUAUUAUAUACUUACAUUGUAAUCAGGUUGGAAGUUUAUGGUGUUUGGAAAGAACUUCUUUUUUGCUAAUGAAUAACAUCAAUGCUUCAUGUUAGAAAUUUGAUCUCAAAGAUCUUAUGAAAAAUAAAGGACAAAUUAAUGGAAA